GAAACCCAUCUAGCACCAAAACAUAACAAGGAAGAACAAUGGCGUCUUUGAUUCCCAUUUUGUCUCUAGUAUUUCUCUUAUUUGCAGCAUUCUACCAUCUUGGUGAGGCCAGAAACUUCACUGUGGGAGGAUCAGUUCCCGGAUGGAAGGUUCCAGAUCCAGCCAACAACACUCUCAAAAAUUGGGCAGAGGGCCGUCGAUUCAUAGUCGGAGACACUCUCGUGUUUCACUACGAUAACAAGACGAACGAUUCGGUGUUAGAAGUGACAGAAGAAAACUACAAAAACUGCAUCACAGAAAAACCAGUGAAUGAAUACAAAGGGGAACCCGCCAUGGUGACACUUAGUGUCUCAGGUCCACACUACUUCAUCAGUGGAGCUCCCGGUAAUUGCCAGAAAGAUGAGAAGUUGAUCGUUGCGGUUCAGUCAACUCAACACCCUCCCAUUCCCAAGCCCAACGCUCCUACAGUACCAACUCCUUCAAAAUCACCUACUACCGUGACAGCUCCUGCACCAGCUCCGAGCACUGCCGUUGGGUUGGUUGCAGGAAGUGGCAUCUUCUGGGCCAUUGUCGCUAUCAUUGGCUUCGCUUGGGCUUAAGCCUCUCUUUAAAAAAUGAUUAUGCAGCCAAAUCUAUAUGUUUUAGAGAAUAAUGUUGAAUUUUGUCAUCUUUGACAUUUACUAAUAUUUAAUUUGCAAUAUUUCUUGUUCUUGUCAACAAUUUUUUUUUUAUACAGAUACUGU